AUGACGAGAAAUCCGUUUAUGGUGGAACCUCUGAGUGGUUCACCAGUGAGAGGUGCUGUUCCACAAUUGAGUAGGUUCCAUACCAAUAAUAGUGGUAGAUCCGAGGGUACGGAUUUCAUAAUGGACGAUGUUGAGGAGGACUAUGAUCAUUCUAAGAGGUUCCAAGGAUUACCGCAAUCACCUUCUAAGGCUGCAAUUAGAUACUCUCCAGAUCGUCGUCAUAGAACUCAAUUUUACCGUGAUAGUGCUCAUAAUUCACCGGUUGCAGAGAGGUUUAGAUCACCUCAAAGACCUGCCAACCCGAUUUUUCAGGUUAAUGACUAUGAUGUAGAUACCGAUAAUAUCAUCAGCAGUUACCAGACGCACCCAAAGCAGCAAACUACGAUACCCACAACACGCACUGGUAAUUUGUUUGGCGGUAGGAAUUAUUCACAAAACUCCAAGUAUACGGUUUCAACGGCCUCUACUGUGAGUAGAUCGUCGAUGGAAGAUGAGAAGAAAGCUCGUUAUUCGUUUGAGAGCCUAGACGAUCAAUCUACCAUUUAUUCUGAUAAUUUCGCAGAGACCAAGUUCGAGUUAAAUCAUCCAGUGCGUAAGGAUUAUGUUAGACGUGCUAAUUCUGAGAGUAGAAGAAGGCCAGUGUUGAAUAAUCCGAAUUUAGCCAAGGCAAUCUUGAAAUUAGAUAAUCCAAUUCCAAGAGGAUUGUUGGAUACUUUGCCCAGAAGAGAUUCACCAGAGUUCACGGAGAUGAGAUAUACGGCUUGUACCGUCGAAGCAGAUGAAUUUUUGGAAGAAGGUUAUACUCUGAGAUUUGCAGAGAUGAAUAGAGAGUGUCAAAUUGUCAUCUGCAUAACAAUGUACAAUGAGGAUAAAUUCGCAUUGGCAAGAACGAUAAAUUCCAUCAUGAAAAAUGUCGCUCAUCUCUGUAGCCGUAAACGUUCUCAGGUUUGGGGCCCUGAUGGUUGGAAAAAGGUUUCUGUUAUACUGGUAAGUGAUGGUAGAACUAAGGUGAAUCAAGGUGCGCUAGAUUACUUGGCGGCUCUAGGUGUUUAUCAAGAAGAUAUGGCCAAGGCUUCGGUUAACGGUGACCCUGUAAAGGCUCACAUCUUCGAAUUGACCACUCAGGUAUCGAUAAAUUCCAAUUUGGACUAUGUUUCCCAGGACAUCGUUCCCGUGCAAAUGGUCUUCUGUCUAAAAGAAGAAAACAAGAAAAAGAUCAACUCACACCGCUGGCUAUUCAAUGCGUUUUGUCCCGUUUUGCAACCUAAUGUGGUGACUUUGAUUGAUGUUGGUACACGUUUGAACCACACAGCUAUAUAUCAUCUGUGGAAGGUCUUCGAUAUGGAUUCCAAUGUUGCUGGAGCUGCUGGUCAGAUCAAGACGAUGAAGGGUAAGUGGGGAAUGAAGUUAUUCAAUCCGCUGGUGGCUUCCCAAAAUUUCGAGUACAAGAUCUCCAACAUCUUGGACAAACCGCUGGAAAGCGUUUUCGGCUAUAUUUCAGUGCUACCAGGUGCCUUGUCUGCCUAUAGAUAUAGAGCUUUGCAAAAUCAUGAAGAUGGUAGUGGUCCACUAAACUCAUACUUCUUGGGAGAAACGCAAGAAGGUAGAGAUCAUGAUGUUUUCACCGCAAAUAUGUAUCUUGCUGAGGACAGAAUACUGUGUUGGGAAUUGGUCGCAAAGAGAAAUGCUAAGUGGGUUUUAAAAUACGUGAAGGAAGCUACUGGUGAAACAGAUGUUCCAGAAGACGUGCCCGAAUUUAUUUCACAAAGAAGACGUUGGUUGAACGGUGCGAUGUUCGCAGCAUUGUACGCUCAGUUGCAUUUCUACCAAAUUUGGAAGACGAAACACUCGGUGACUCGUAAGAUAUUUUUGCACGUUGAGUUCUUCUAUCAAUUUGUGCAAAUGCUAUUUUCCUGGUUCGCUAUUUCAAAUUUCGUUUUGACCUUUUACUAUUUGGCUGGAUCCAUGAAUCAUGUUAUCAAAAAUGGUAAUGCCAUCUUCAUCUUUUUCAAAUAUUUGAUAUUUUGUGACUUGGCCAGUUUAUUCAUUAUCUCGAUGGGUAAUAGACCACAUGGUGCUAAGCAUCUUUUCAUAGCCUCCAUGAUCAUUUUGACAAUCUGUGCUGCUUAUGCGCUAAUUUGCGGGUUUGUCUUUGCAAUCAAGGCAUUAGAAGAUAAAGCAGAAUCUAAUUCUGUCUUCAACAACAUCAUAAUUUCGUUGCUCUCCACAUAUGGUGUUUACACGUUUUCCUCUAUCAUGUAUCUGGAUCCUUGGCAUAUGGUCACGUCGUCCAUUCAAUACUUUCUCACAUUGCCAGCGUUUACAUGCACGUUACAAGUUUUUGCAUUUUGUAAUACACAUGAUGUUUCCUGGGGUACGAAGGGCUCAACUCAAAGCUCAAAGCCACUUUCCAAAGCCAUUGUUGUCCAGGGACCUGAUGGUAAGCAAAUUGUGGAGACUGACUGGCCUCAGGAGGUUGACAAGAAGUUCACUGAAAUUAAGAGCCGUUUGAAAGAAGUGGAGUUCGAAGAAACGGUUGUCGACGAAUCACAGAAACGGAACGACUAUUACAGAGACAUCAGAACAAGAAUCGUCAUGAUAUGGAUGCUUUCGAAUUUGAUUUUCAUCAUGUCUAUCACGCAAGUUUACAAGCCUGAGAACGUGAAUAAUGGAUACCUGAUCUUUAUCCUGUGGUCUGUGGCCGCUUUGGCAGUCUUUAGAUGCACUGGCUCAAUGGCCUUUUUAUCAAUGAAGUACUUGCGCAUGAUUGUGAGCUAUAAGAACAAGGCCGAGGGCAGCGGAUCCUAUGGCUUUCCUAAGUCGAACAUCUUCCGCCGGACAGGCUAA